GAGCUGGAGGAGCUGCGUUCCCGGGCGCUGGACACGGCUGUGGUGGUGUCCAUGGACAACAGCCGCAGCCUGGACCCCUCGGCCAUCAUCGCCCACGUGCGGGCGCAGUACGAGGACAUCGCCGGGCACAGCCGCGCCGAGGCCGAAGGCCUCUACCAGGGCAAGUACGAGGAGCUGAAGACAACAGCUGGGAGACAGGGGGAUGAGCUGAAGACCACGCGCUCCCAGAUCCAGGAGCUGAGCCGGCGCAUCCAGCGCGUCCAGGCGGAGAUCGAGACCCUCAAGAACCAGCGCUCGGGUCUGGAGUCAGCGGUGCUGGAGGACACUGGGGGUGUUGGGGCACUGGGACACUGGGAAU